GAUUGUGUAUAGAAAUAUAAUAUUUUACCAGCCGGCUGUUUUCUUCAUUCACUCAGGUGCUCUCUAAUAGUCAAUGUCAUUAACAACAUAUGCUUUAAAUAAUAACAUUUGAGCGACCUACAUCAUAAAAUAAGAUUAAAGUUGAUCUAUAAGAAAGGAAGACGAAUCUUAAUUGCCAUGUUGGAAGACGUAAAUAAAAAUACUGCUAGAAACAUCACCAAUGGCAUUCUACUACAAGUUUGUGAUUUGCAAAAAGUGGAAAAAAGUGAAAAAUCUAAAGAAAAGGCUAUCGCCAAGGCAUCUAAAAAGAUGACAGAUGAAAGAAAAAAAUAUGCAACUCCAAAAGCAUUAACUUUAUUCGCAUCGGAAUUCUUAGGAACUGGUCUUAUGAUGUUUAUGGGCUGUAUGGGUUGUAUAACAGAAGUAGAUAAUCCCCCAGCAGUUCAUCAUUUCGCAUCUCUUUCAUUCGGAUUGAUGAUACUAUUAAUUAUUCAGGCAUUUGGUCACAUAUCUGGAGCCCAUCUAAAUCCCGGCGUUACAUUUGCUGCAGUCGUGAUGAAAUUACUGUCUCCGACGAUGGCAGGAAUAUACGUAAUGGCACAGUUUUCAGGAGCCAUUUUAGGCUUUGGACUGUUGAAAGUAUUAAUGCCUUCUGAUUAUUAUAAAGAUGGUUUCUGUAUGACUCUCCCACAUACCUUGUUAACACCGAUGCAAGCUCUUGCAAUUGAAACUAUAAUAACUGCAACGUUAAUAAUAGUCGUAUGUGCGGUUUGGGAUAAAAGAAACGAAGAUAAAUCGGAUUCUGUACCAUUGAGGUUUGCCUUUGUAAUUGCUGGGAUUUCCAUGGUUGCGGGUCCACUUACUGGUGCCAGUAUGAACACAGCUAGAAGUUUGGCUCCUGCAUUAUUAUUAGGAAACUUCAAACAUAUAUGGGUGUAUUGGAUUGGACCCAAUAUCGGCGCAAUUUUAGGUGUUGGAAUAUAUAAAUUCUUAUUCAGUAUACCUGAAGAUAGAAAUGAAAACAAUGAGGAACUCAGUUUAAAAGACAACAAACUAGAAAAAGUCUAAUAUAUUGAAUAUUUAUGAUAAUACAUUCCAAGUAUCUGAGAAAUAAUUUUAAAUAGGUUUUAAAAUGUUCAAAACUAAUAACCAAGCUUCUAAAUUCGCAAUAAUUCUCAAGAUUUUCCACAAAUCUCAAAAACAUAUUUCCUUUUUGGCUAAAAAUGUUUUAUGCUUGUGAUAUAAUUUUAAGAGCUUUUAGAAUUCCAGUUAACGUGAUAUGAAUGGAUAAAAUUAAAUGUCUUUGUAGUAAAAAAAAUAAGCAACGAUAUAUUGUACUAAAAUAUGAGAAAUAUUGAAUAUAAAUGAUGUAACAACUAACAACAGAAUGUCAUAUUGACAUUUACUAUUUAUUAUUUUAAUUUGCUAUAGCAGGCAGCUGUAUAAUAAAUUUUGUAUGUCUGUUCUAUCAUUGAAAUAACUAAGAAAUAUAUUUAUAUAUACAUAUAUUUUUAUUGAAAAAUAAUUUUUUCAAACCUCUCGUAAUUAAUCCCUCUAAGAUAAUUCACAUAUUUUUGAUAUUCUAAUGUAUAUAUUUAUUAUUUGUAUAUUUAGUGUAUUCAUGAAAUUAUUUGUAAAUAAACUAUUCAUUUCUAAA